UGUUAUCUCUGUCUGAUGGACGGACACAAAAACCACGAGACGGUCUCAGCAGCAGCUGAAUUCACAGAGAAGCAGAAGAAGCUCGAGGAGACUCGACUAGAAGUCCAGCAGAGGAUCAAGUCCAGAGAGAAAGACAUGAAGGAGCUCCAGCAGGAGGUGGAGAACAUCAACACUUCUGCUGACAAAGCAGUGGAGGACAGUGAGGAGAUCUUCAACCAGAUGAUCCUUCUCAUCCAGAAAAGAAGCUCUGAGGUGACGCAGCAGAUCAGAUCCCAGCAGGAAGCUGAAGUGAGUCAAGUCCUGGACCUCCAGGAGGAGCUGGAGGAGGAGAUCAGAGAUCUGAGGAGCAAAGACAGAGAGAUGGAGACACUCUCACACACAGAGGAUCACAGCCAGUUCCUGCACAGAUACUCCUCACUGUCAGCUCUCAGUCAGUCCACAUACUCAUCCGGCCUCCCGGUUUGUCCUCUGAGGUUCUUUGAGGAGGUGACAAAAGCUGCAUCAGACACCAGAGACAAACUACAGGAGCUCCUGAGGGACAAAGAGGAAAACAUCUCCAUGACGGAGGCUAAACCAGACGUGCUACCCCCAAAACCAGAACCAAUGAACCAAGUCCAAGAUUCAGCCUCGUCAUCAAAGCACGAGGAGACCAGAGAGAACUUCUUGCAAUAUACACGUAAAAUCACGCUGGACCUGAACACGGCACAUGAGCUGCUGGAAAUUUCGGAGGGAAACCGGACAGUAACAAUGAUGAGAGAAAGGGAGGACUAUCCUGAUCAUCCAGACCGAUUCGACAGACGAUGGCAGGUCCUCAGCAAACAGAGUCUGACCGGACGCUGUUACUGGGAGGUGGAGUGGAGUGGAGCAGGAGUGGAAAUCGCAGUGACCUACAAGAGCAUCUGCAGAGAAGGGGAUUCUGUCGACAGUUCAUUUGGAUUAAACAAGAAGUCGUGGGCUCUAUGCUGUGGGGAUGAUAGUUAUACAUUCUAUCACAACGGUAUAGAUACUCCUGUCUCAGUUCCUGAUUCCUCCACUAUAGGGGUGUACCUGGACCACCGAGCAGGUGUUCUGGCCUUCUACAGCGUCUCUGAAACCAUGACUCUGCUCCACAAAGUCCGGACAAGGUUCUACAAACCGCUCCAUGUUGGAAUUUGGCUCUCGCGCUCAACUGGAACCACAGCAGAGAUUCUGAAACUUACCUAAGCGACCUAAGAGACGUGGUGUGAUGGCAUUUCAGAGCGUAGUCCUUCAAGAGAGUUCUCCACAAUAAUUCAUCCCAUCAAAAUGUAUCAAGAACUCAGAAGGUGGAACGACAAAUCAAAAAUGUAGACUUUGUAAAGUCCAAAAGGGCACAAACCUGCUUAUAACGUGGUCACUUACUGAACAUAUACAUAAUAAAUCAAUUAUUAGUAUUUUAAUCUUGUUAUUUUUAAUGUUUUUCACAAAAGAGGGACUAUUUUAUACACGGUGUCAUGGUAACCGCUACAGCUCACUUACGUACUCUGUGUAUGAGGUCAUUCGACUGUAUACCAGGACUGGACUGAGUGAGUGUGAUGUCAUCCACUGAUGAUGGAUUAUUCCCAGAUCCAACAAAAUGAAGUCAAUUCAGUCGCCUUUUUUUUUCACAAUGCCAAUGCAGCCAUGUUGGAUCCAGAUGACGCCAGCAGGUAGUGAGUGGUCCAAGGCAACGUCUCCAUGGUAACCACUCUGGCUAAUCAGGAGUUAGCUUGUUGGAAGGCCGCAUCUCUACCACUUGAAACUGGGGUUUAUGUAAUUUGUCAAAUGUGAGAUGUGGGGACUAGCAAGCUCCACCUACUUUUAUUGAGGCAUCUGAUUGGCCAGUUCAUAACUUGAACUAUAUAUUCAUGAAAAAAAUGAGGAUAAUCAAGAAUUCUUAGAAAUAGAAUGACCAUUAGCUGUUUUUUCCCUUUCUGUCCGGAACGUCAGGGGGGAGGGGUCAACCAGUCCAGUUCUCAUGUACAGACAAAGUUUAGUGGAGAGAAAUGGUAUGUAUGCUGGAUGUCAAGUGAAGGAACUUCUUUUUAAUGGACACAUUGCAGCAAAUCAGAAUGAAGCAUUCACUGUAUACUAUAAUGUAUAGUGUUACAUGGAAACUUUUAAGCUGGUGCAGUUUGUAUUUAAUAUUAGUCUCCGAAGAACUAGAAAAUGGUUUAAUCUGGAAAAAUUUGGGGUAUAAAUGAGGUGAAAACAAAAUAAUUCAUGAAAAUAUAAAUGUAUAUGUCAAUGCUUUUUUGUCUCAUUACUAAAAGCAUCAUGUCGUAUGUCUUAUUCAUGUUAGGACCAGUACAAAUGUAUAACUUAUGAUCUGUUACCAGUAAUAAAGAGAAUGAGAGA